AUGGGUUUUUUGGGUAGAAUUUUACUGCUGAUCUCGUCAGCCCUGGCUAUCAUGUGUACACUGGCUGCGCUGGCCGAGUACAGGGAUGUCAUUAAUUCCAAGAAACAAACGGAAUAUCAAAAAGGUGCCAUAUCAUGCUUAUUUAUUGCGCUUUUCAUUCUGGCUGGAAUGGCACUGUUCUUGUUCAUUACACUCUGUUGUUCGUGCAGCGACAUCAUUAUGGGAAUAAUCCUUGCUGCUGGAGGGGCGGCUGCCGCCGUUUUUGCCGUCAUCGCCUACGGUCUUAUGGUCAAACAGCGGAUUGACCGUGGUGCACAAGUUCCAAGUGCUUCUGAGUGGACGUUUGGGACAAUCUUCGCCGGUGCGUCGAUUUUGCUAAUCGCCUUGACCAUGGCUGUGUCCU